UGGCGGCCUCCUUGCACCACGUGACAGCGAGGAUCCUCAGCACCGGGUUAUCUGCCUUCGAUUUGAUUAGAAAUCAACUCCUGUAAAUUUUCUUCUCGGGAAAGGUCAUGGCCUUCGACCUGAAGAAGGAGGAAGAUGUCAAGGACUUCAUCCAAAACCUAGGGAUUGAAUACAGGCUGGGUUGCUACAAUGAAAAAAAUCCCGAAGCAUGCCAUCUCCUUGGUGACUACUUGGAGGCCAUUAAGAAGGACUUUGAGAGAGCAGGUAAAGUAUAUCGCAGCAACUGCGAUGAUUACAAGUUCCACAAGAGCUGCCACAAGUUUGCCAAUUACCAACUGCUUGGUCGGGGUUGCAAGCAGGACGAGAAAAGUGCAUUCACAUACUAUGACAAAGCUUGUGGACUAGGCAACAGUGAUUCAUGCUUCAACUUGGGUCUAAUCUGCUCAUCCAAAACCUUUGAGGCUGCACAACCCCAAAAUUAUACCUUGGGACUCAAAUACUUGGACAAGGCAUGUACAAUGGGACAUGCUGGUGCAUGUUAUCAUGCAGGAGCUCUGCACAUCCUUGGGACAACAGAUAAGACAGUCCCACAGGACAUGAAGAAGGCAUUUGAAUACAGUAUCAAGGGAUGUGACCUUGGGAACAUGUAUGCAUGUGCCAAUGCAAGCCAGAUGUACCUGAAGGGAGAAGGGGUGGAGAAAGAUGACAAGAAGGCCCAGGAAUACAAAGCUAAGGCAUUGGACUUUCAGGACCAGUACAAGCAUCAGUUCCAGAUUGAAUUCCAGCAGGGCCUACAAGAAAAAUGAUGUGUUCCCUG